UUCUGCCCAGCCACACGUGUGGGAACCCUGGAAGGCUUCAGAACGGGAUCCAGCAGGGAACGACGUUCAGCAUUGGGGACAGAGUGAGGUACAGCUGCAAUCCAGGCUUCUUCCUGGAGGGCCAUGCCCUGCUGACGUGCCAUGCCAACUCAGAGAACAGUGCCUCCUGGGAUUUCCCUCUCCCUGUCUGCAGAGCUGAUGAUGCCUGUGGAGGGACUCUGCGGGGCCAGAGUGGGAUUAUCUCAAGCCCUCACUUCCCUUUGGAGUAUGGCAACAAUGCAGACUGCACCUGGACUAUCCUCGCGGAGCCUGGAGACACUAUUGCUCUGGUUUUCAUGGAUUUUCAGCUGGAAGAUGGAUAUGAUGUGCUGGAAGUGGCUGGAACAGAGGGAUCUUCGCUCUGGUUCACUGGGAUGAACUUACCUGCUCCUGUCAUCAGCAGUAAGAAUUGGCUGCGGCUUCACUUCACAUCUGAUGGCAACCACAGGCAGAAAGGCUUCAGUGCCCAGUACCAAGUCAAAAAGCAAAUGGAGCUGAAGUCCAGAGGGGUGAAGCUGAUGCCCAGCAAGGACAACAACCAGAAGACAUCAGUGUUAACUCAGGUUGGUGUGUCCCAGGGACAUAAUAUGUGUCCAGACCCUGGGAUUCCAGAGAGAGGCAAAAGAAUAGGCAACGAUUUUAGGUUAGGCUCCAGCAUCCAGUUCAGCUGCAACGAUGGCUACGACCUGCAAGGGUCCAAGAGCAUCACCUGUAAGAGAGUGAGUGACAUAAUCGUGGCCUGGAGUGACCACAGACCAGUGUGCAGAGCCAGGAUGUGUGACGUGUACCUCCGUGGGCCCAGUGGGGUGAUAACCUCUCCCAACUACCCCGUGCAGUAUGACAACAAUGCCUACUGCGUCUGGGUCAUCACCGCGCUCAACCCGGCCAAGGUUAUCAAACUCACCUUUGAAGAAUUUGAACUAGAAAGAGGAUAUGACACUCUGACAGUGGGGGAUGGAGGACAAGUUGGAGACCAGAAAACUGUGCUUUACGUCCUGACAGGCACCACUGUCCCCGACCUCAUCGUCAGCACUCACCACCAGAUGUGGCUCCUCUUCCAGACAGACAGUGUCAGCAACUUGCUGGGAUUCAAAGCAACUUAUGAAGAGAUCGACCAGGGCAGCUGUGGUGACCCCGGGAUCCCAGCCUACGGCCGCAGAGAAGGCUCCACCUUCCGCCACGGAGACAGCCUCAAGUUCGAGUGCCAACCUGCCUUUGAGCUCAAGGGACAGAGAACCAUAACCUGCCAAAAGAGCAGCCAGUGGUCUGCUCAGAAACCAGUUUGUGUUUUUUCCUGCUUUUUCAACUUCACCACCCCCUCUGGGAUUGUGCUGUCACCAAACUACCCCGAGGAGUAUGGGAGCAGUUUGCACUGUGUGUGGCUGAUCAUAGCCAAACCUGAGAGCAGAAUCCACUUGGCUUUCAAUGACUUUGAUGUGGAGCCCCAGUUUGACUUCUUGGCUGUGAAGGAUGGUGGCACUGCAGAGUCUCCAGUGCUGGGGACCUUCUCAGGAAGCCAAAUCCCCUCCUCUCUGACCAGCAGUGGUCAUGUAGCCAGGCUGGAGUUCCAGACUGACCACUCCAUGGAGAAGAGAGGCUUCAACAUCACCUUCACCACGUUCCGGCACAACGAGUGUCCCGACCCAGGGGUACCAGUCAAUGGGAAACGCUUUGGGGACAGUCUCCAGCUCGGCAGCUCCGUGUCCUUCCUGUGUGACGAGGGUUUCAUCAGGACCCAUGGCUCAGAGACCAUCACCUGCAUCCUCAAGGAAGGCAACGUGGUGUGGAACAACGCAGUGCUCAGAUGUGAAGCACCCUGUGGUGGCCACCUGACGUCUCCCAGUGGCACCAUCCUGUCCCCUGGCUGGCCUGGCUUCUACAAGGACUCGCUCAGCUGUGCCUGGGUCAUAGAGGCCCAGCCAGGAUACCCCAUCAAGAUCACCUUUGACAGGUUCAAGACAGAGGUGAAUUACGACACCCUGGAAGUGCGAGAUGGCAGGUCCUACUCCUCCCCCCUGAUCGGUGUCUACGAUGGGACACAGGUGCCCCAGUUCCUCAUCAGCACCAGCAACUACCUCUACCUCCUCUUCACCACUGACAAAAGCCACUCUGACAUUGGCUUUCAGAUCCGAUACGAAACUGUGAAGCUCCAGUCUGACCACUGCCUGGACCCAGGGAUCCCAGUGAACGGCCAACGCCACGGCAACGACUUCUACGUGGGAGCACUGGUGACCUUCAGCUGUGACUCAGGAUACACCCUGAGUGACUCCGAGGCCCUGGAGUGUGAGCCCAACUUCCAGUGGAGCCGUCCACUGCCCAGCUGUGAGGCUCUCUGUGGAGGUUACAUCCGUGGCUCCAGUGGUACCAUCUUAUCCCCAGGCUUCCCUGAUUUUUAUCCAAAUAACUUGAACUGCACAUGGACGAUAGAAACAUCCCAUGGAAAAGGUGUGUUCUUCACCUUUCACACCUUCCACCUGGAGAAUGGCCACGACUACCUCCUGAUCACGGAGAACAGCAGCUUUGUGCAGCCCCUAAAGCAGCUGACGGGCUCGCGGCUCCCGGCGCCGCUCAGCGCUGGUCUCUUCGGCAACUUCUCCGCCCAAAUCCGCUUCAUCUCCGACUUCUCCAUGUCCUACGAGGGCUUCAACAUCACCUUCUCAGAGUAUGACCUGGAGCCCUGUGACGAGCCAGAAGUGCCAGCCUACAGCAUCAGGAAGGGGCUGCAGUUUGGGGUGGGAGAUGUGCUCAGCUUCUCCUGCUUCCCUGGAUACCGACUGGAGGGAGCGUCGCGCAUCACCUGCCUCGGCGGGAGACGGCGAGUGUGGAGUUCGCCUCUGCCAAGGUGUGUUGCUGAGUGUGGCUCCUCUGUCACUGGGACCCAAGGUGUUCUGCUGUCCCCCAACUACCCACUGAACUAUAACAACAACCACGAGUGCAUCUACUCCAUCCAGACCCAGCCAGGAAAGGGGAUCCAGCUGAAAGCCAGGACGUUUGAGCUGGAGGCAGGAGAUGUCCUCAAGGUGUAUGAUGGCAACAACAGCUCAGCUCGAGUUCUGGGCACCUUCAGCCGCUCUGACAUGCUGGGCACCAGCAUCAACAGCACCUCCAGCAGCAUGUGGCUCGAGUUCAUCACCAACACUGACAACACCAGCAAGGGCUUCGAGCUGCAGUUCUCCAGUUUCGAGCUGAUUAAGUGUGAGGACCCAGGGAUCCCCCAGUUUGGCUACAAGGUGCACGACGAGGGACACUUUGCUGGCAGCUCAGUGUCCUUCAGCUGUGACCCUGGGUACACCCUGAGAGGCAGCAAAGUGCUGAGCUGCCUCACUGGGGAGCGCAGAGCUUGGGACCAGCCCCUGCCAACCUGUGUAGCUGAGUGUGGAGGGACCAUCAGGGGAGAGACCUCGGGCAGGAUUCUGUCUCCAGGGUACCCAACGCCCUAUGACCACAACCUCAACUGCAUCUGGACCAUCGAGGCCGAAGCUGGAUGCACCAUAGGGCUCCAUUUCAUGGUGUUCCACACGGAGGAGUUCCACGAUGUGCUGCGGAUCUGGGAUGGGCCCGUGGAGAACGGGAUCCUCCUCAAGGAGAUGAGUGGCUCAAACCUCCCUGGGGAUGUGCACAGCACCUUCAACUCUGUCAUCCUUCAGUUCAACACUGACUUCUUCACCAGCAAGCAGGGCUUUGCCAUCCAGUUCUCAGUUUCCACUGCCACGUCCUGCAAUGACCCAGGGAUCCCCCAGAAUGGCAGUCGGAGUGGGGACAGCAAGGAGGCAGGAGACUCCAUCACCUUCCAGUGCAACCCAGGGUAUGCUCUGCAAGGGGAGCCCCAAAUCACCUGUGUGCAGAUUGAGAACAGAUUCUUCUGGCAGCCAGACCCUCCCUCCUGCACAG